AUGACGAAGAAGUUUGAAUUUAAUUGGCGUAUUGAAGUGCCGGAUUAUUUACAGACCGGCGGCACGUUUGAUCGGUGGUUUGAAGACAAGGAUAACACGGAAAUGGAGCCUGCCUGUUUGUUCAAAGUUGAUGAGUACGGAUUUUUUAUGUACUGGAAAAGCGACGGCAAGGACGGCGAUGUUAUAGAGCUGGCUCAAGUGUGUGAUAUUCGAUACGGCGGUACGCCAAAAGAUCCAAAGCUUUGUAAUAAAUUAAGUAAACACGGAACCACUGAACAAUUAAACGAUAAGAGUUUAACGAUAUGCUCAGGUCUUGAUUAUACAAAUAUCGUGUACCAGCAUAUUGUUUUAGAAAGUCCAGAUCAGGCUAAACAAUGGCAGGCAGGUUUGAGAGCAAUCACGCACAAUACCAAAGCGAGUAAUGUUUGUCCAACAAUUCAAUUAAUGAAACAUUGGAUGAGAUUGUGCUUCACAGUUGAUCCAAAAGGCAAAGUACCCGUUAAAGUUAUCGCUAAGACAUUUGCGUCAGGCAAAACGGAAAAACUCGUCUAUCAAUCACUUGCAGAAAUGGGAUUACCCAAUGGAAAAAAUGAUAAAAUGGAAAAGGAAGCGUUUACUUUAGAGAAGUUUACAAAACUGUAUCAUAAUCUUUGCCCGAGAAACGAUAUCGAAGAAUUGUUUGGAUCAAUAACAAAAGGACGCGCUGAUACGAUAAGUUUAUCACAAUUUGUCCAGUUCAUGAAUGAAAAACAGCGUGAUCCGACGCUAAAUGAAAUUUUGUACCCGCUUUACAGUGAAGCUCGUUGCACUGAAAUAAUAAACGACUAUGAAUUGGAUGAAGGAAAUAAAGCAGCCAAAAAGCUGUCAAAGGACGGUUUCGUGCGCUAUCUAAUGAGCGACGAGAACGCUCCGGUAUUUUUAGAUAAACUGGAAGAGUGGAUGGACAUGGAUCAGCCUCUAUCCCAUUACUAUAUUAAUUCCAGCCAUAAUACUUAUCUCAGUGGUCGUCAAAUCGGUGGUAAAAGUACUGUCGAGAUGUACCGACAAGUUCUUCUAGCUGGAUGCAGAUGUGUGGAGUUAGAUUGCUGGGACGGCAAAGGUGAAGAUGAAGAGCCCAUUAUAACUCACGGAAAGGCUAUGUGCACAGAUAUUAUCUUCAAAGAUGUUAUUGUCGCUCUUCGUGACUGCGCAUUUGUAACCAGUGAAUAUCCAGUGAUUUUAAGUUUUGAAAAUCACUGCUGCCUGAAACAACAAUAUAAAUUAGCUAAAUACUGCGAUGACAUAUUGGGAGAUUUAUUACUAAAAGAACCGCUUAAAGAUUAUCCAUUAGAACCAGGGCAUCCAUUACCACCACCUAGUCAAUUAAAACGAAAAAUUUUAAUAAAAAACAAGCGAUUAAAGCCAGAAGUUGAAAAAGUUGAGUUGGAAUUAUUCUUAUCUGGUAAUUAUGAAGCAAAAGAUGAAACAGUUGAGGAUCCAAAUGCGCCGCCUGUUGAAGCACCGAAGGAACCAGAACCUGCUGCACCAGCACCUGGCGAAGGUGGCCCUCCUGGUGAAGGUGGUGAAGGGGGCGAACAAGUCGCCAUUGCUUACACUGGAAGCUCGAUGGCUUGUCAUCCGUGGUUGUCUUCAAUGAUAAAUUACGCCCAACCAAUAAAAUUCCAAGGCUUCGACAAAGCUGAACAGAAGAACAUCCAUCACAACAUGUCGUCGUUCUCAGAGACAGCGGCGCUGAAUUAUCUGAAAACGUCCGCAGUUGAGUUUGUUAAUUACAAUAAACGCCAGAUGAGUAGGAUUUACCCGAAAGGAACUAGAGCUGACUCAUCAAACUACAUGCCUCAAGUGUUUUGGAAUGCCGGCUGUCAGAUGGUCGCGUUGAAUUUUCAAACUCCCGACUUACCCAUGCAGCUCAAUCAAGGAAAGUUUGAAUUUAAUAACACAACGGGGUACUUGUUGAAGCCGGAAUUCAUGAGACGGUCUGACAAGAGCUUUGAUCCAUUUGCGGAGGGUGUCGAUGGAACAUAUGUUGAAGUUGAUAUGUACGGAUUGCCUGCUGAUACUAUUAAAAAGGAAUUUAGAACACGCAUGGUACCAGCUAAUGGAUUAAAUCCAGUCUAUAAUGAAGAACCAUUUGCAUUUCGUAAAGUUGUAUUACCUGAUUUGGCUGUUUUGAGAUUUGAAGCCAAUUUCCCUAUGGCGCUUCCAAUGUUGUUCUGUUGCAUUGAGAUAUCUAUUUACGUCCCCGACGGGUUUGGAGACUUCAUGGCGAUGUUAUCUGACCCUGGUGCAUUUGGAAAGGCCGCGGAGAAGCAAGCGGAGAAUAUGAAAGCGAUGGGAAUUGAGCAGACUGAAGAAAAAAAACCUAAGAAAGAAGAAGGUCCCAAGUGGGAGGAAUUUAAACCAGAUCCACUGACAAUAGAUUUACUGCGCAAAGAUAAAUCAUAUAAAGCUGGAAAGAAACAAAACAAAGAGCUUGAUACUCUGAGGAAAAAGCACAUGAAAGAGAGACAGACGAUGCAGAAAAAUCAUUGUGCUGCCAUUGAUAAAUUGAUAAAAGGCAAAGACAAAGCAGCUGUGAUGAGUGAUGACAAUGUAAAGAAAUUAGUCAAAGAGCAGACAGCUCAGUGGUCGGCGAUGAUGGAAAAGCAGCGCAAGGAGGAGUGGGAGCUACACAAAGUUCACGUUCAAGCUGGGAAAGAUGAAUUUAAAAGAGUUAUGGAAGUUGUACAAACACAGCAAGUUAAACAGCUUCAAAUAAAACAGGACAAAAAAACACUGGGCAUCAAACAGGGCCGUGAAUCUGAGAAGUUAAAAGUAAAUCAUGAAAAAGCUCUUGCUGAUGUUGAUAAAACCGUCGAAUUGACGCUGGAGCGGUAUAAAUUAGAUGCCAUGGAGUAUGACAUAUCAUCAAAGACAGAGUUCUACGUAUAA